AUGAUUUUCAAGGUAUUGUUACCAGCAGCAAACAUCUUACAGUUAGAUUUUGUUAGUGCUGCAUGUUCUGAGUUUUUACAAAAACAACUGAAUGCAUCGAACUGUCUUGGCAUCAGAGCGUUUGCUGACUUACAUAACUGCACAGAAUUGUUAUCAAGUUCUGAAGCAUUAAUAAAAAAACAGUUUCUGGAAGUGGUUAAAAAUGAUGAGUUCCUAUCAUUAUCUUCUGAUGAUGUGGUUAAGAUAAUCUCUUGUAAUGAUCUUGCUGUUCCAUAUGAAGAAAAAGUAUUUGAAAGUGUUAUUAAAUGGGUAAAACAGGAUUUGGAUCAGAGAAAAGAUGUUUUCUCAGAAUUGAUGGAACAUGUACGUUUGCCAAUAAUAGCAUCUAGGCCUGAUAUAUUAUUAAAUAUAGUAAACGAACCUCUUCUAAAGGAUAAUCUUAAAUGUAACGGAUAUGUAAGUGAAGCAUUCCAUUUUAAUCUACGAAAAUCAUUUCAGUAUUUCACCAUUCCACAAACAAUCCGUUGUAAACCCAGGCAGUUUGGUGAUUCACAAAAAGUUAUUCUAAUGUUUAAUUUGUAUGGUACAUCGCCAAAGUGUUAUACAGAAUGGUAUGACCCAGUAACCAAACUACGUAAGAAAGCCCCAGGAAUAAAUGAUUGUCGUAAGUUUGCUGGUCUUUGUGUUUUAAGAGAUCAAUUUGUGUUUGCUGUGGGAGGUGUGAAUGGCUUAUGUUCACAAUCUGUUAGUAUGCUUGAUGUAUCUUCACAAUCGCCCUCUUGGGUUCCAAUGGCCAACAUGGUAGUUAAACGACUACAAUUAGGAGUUGGUGUAUUGGAUGAUUGUAUAUAUGCAGUUGGUGGAGGUGUACUGCACAAUGAAUUAAGCAGUGUAGAGGUGUUUGAUGUCAGUAUUCAAAAAUGGAGAUUGGUAGCUAGUAUGUCUAUUAAAAGAUGUAAUGUGGGUAUUGGUGUACUCAAUAAUUUAUUAUACGCGGUAACUUAUAACAUUAUUUAUUUAUUUUAAAUUUGUAAUACAUUUAAUAAAUUUUAAUUAAAUUGUGUAGGUUGGGGGUUGUGGUAA